AUCCGAAAAUCACUCAUCUAUACUUGUGUGAAAUUAUGCACUACAGAAACAACCGCAAUUGUAGUUUUACAGUAGUAGUUGUAGUGUUGCUGAAAAGAGUGCAUGUGCAAAGUGUAUUUUAGUUAAGGAUAAAAUAAAAUUAUUAUAAACGAUGUUGACUGUAGGUAGGUAAUAUUGAGUACACUGAUUGUAUGUUUCUUUUUUCGAGCCCGGUAGGAAAUACAUAUUUUUAAUUUAUGAUUUAAAAGUGUUAUUAAAAUAGUCAUGCUAAAGUUUUGUCAAGACCGUACCUACAUUUAUAACGAUCGAAUUCGAUCAAUUCGAUGGCAAAGUCAGGUAAUCAUAAACUUUAUCUGCACCUCCCUUGUUGAUGUUGUUUGUUGUCAAUUGUCACUUUUCAUUGUCAGUUUGACAAAGACAAAUUGACAUAAAAUUUUACUGGAUUGUUAAACCAUAAAAUAUUUUUAUUAAAUAUAAAAAAAUACUUCGUAUUUUCAAUCAAAAUAGGUAAUUUAUGGCGUAAAUUUUCUCUGCUGGUACUUAGCUUCCCUAUAAUAAUCAUGGCUUGGCGAAGUCAUGGGGUAAACAAUGCUGAUAUGAUACGGAAUUUACGAGCCAAUGGCAUCAUAAAAUCGGAUACAGUAGCAAAUGCUAUGUUAGCUGUUGACCGGAAGAAUUACUGUCCUUAUGCACCAUACCAUGAUUCACCACAAACCAUUGGAUACUCGGCUACAAUUAGUGCUCCACAUAUGCAUGCUCAUGCACUAGAAAGGCUAAAGAAUCAACUGAUCCCGGGUGAAAAAGCAUUGGAUGUAGGAUCUGGGUCUGGAUACCUGACAGCCUGCAUGGCUAUAAUGGUUGGAGAAACAGGCCGAGUUGUUGGCAUAGAGCACAUAUCUGAGUUAGUCACAUUAGCUACUAAAAAUAUCAAAGCCGACAACCCAUCACUACUUAGUUCUGAAAGGAUUAAGUUGAUUGCUGGUGAUGGACGUCUUGGAUAUCCCUCAGAAGGACCCUACAAUGCUAUCCAUGUUGGAGCUGCUGCUCCUAACUUGCCACAAGCAUUAGUUGAUCAGUUAAAACCUGGCGGAAGGCUUAUUAUACCAGUGGGUCCAGAAGGCGGAGAACAGCAUUUAACCCAGGUUGACAAGGCAGCUGAUGGUACAACCACUGUUAAGAAACUAAUGAGUGUGAUCUAUGUACCCCUGACUGAUAAAGAUCGUCAAUAUCGUAAGUGAUGUACAUAAGUCGGUCAAAAUAUGAAGACACUAUUUAAUAUGUUUAGGUUUUUAAAAAAGCCAUGACUAGUAGUUACAUCAACUUUUUUUAAAUAUUUUUUUCGAUUAUCGUAACAUGCUCGCGAAGAAUAAGAAGACUGGCUGUUCUUUGCAGGGGUUCCAAAAUGUCAAAUUGUUUGAGUGAACUAUGUUAUUCAGCUGACAUAACGAUAUCAUCAGUUUGUCUCACAUAAAUCAUCUUGGAAUCUAAGCAAGAAUAGUGAGUUUCAACUGUUGAAAACGACAACUGUAACUUUGUUUUAGGUACUUGGCGUUGAUAUUAUUUCCCAGUGUGCCCAUUGUAUUAAUGAUCGUAAGUGUACCCACAUUGCACCUACUUACUAAGUAGACAAAUAAAUACUAUAUCAUUCAAAAUAAAUUAUUGUAUUAUUAACAUCAUUACUGUAUAAUAUUUUAUGGUUUGAAAAUAAAUUAUUAUUUUACAAAAUUA